AAAAGGCAUUUAAAGUGAGUACUCUUAUUCAGACAAAUAUUAUAUCUUCAUUCAGACAUUACAGUUAUAUAUCUCUUCGUCUAUCGUUCGAUUUCAUCAGUCUAUUGCUGCAGAUAUUGCAUAACAUGCAGAUCAUUCGGUGGCUGCUAAGGGUCGCAGAUGAACCUACAAAAGAGCGUAAUGGAGUAACUAGUACUAAAUCCGACAAGGAGAGCUGGAGUGCAAAAACUAAAGAAGUCGUGUUGACAAAUCAGCUUGAGGCCAAUAAGAGACAAAAAAGAGCAAGAAAUAUUAGUCUGGGUUGUGAGAAUUUUACUUUGUUCAGUAUACUAAAAAGGCGAGACAUUUCAAAGCCAUGGUUCUACAAUACGCUCAAUCUGAAGAGAGUCGAUACAACGAAGAUGAUGAAGAAGGAAGCCAUUGACAGAGGACUAUGUAUUAGUAACAACAGACUAGAUGCAGCCGCGAAUCAUGUCAGAAACACUAAGGUUCUGCCUCUCGCUGAUGAUGCAUUAUCGUCUAGACACCAACGUGGAAACGAGGCAAAAGGAGAUCAGAAAGGGAAGAGCGGAAAAUCUAGACCUUUGUCGAAAAUGAAGGAGCUUGUGAGAUGGGCUCCUAAACCGGAGAAAGGAGGAAAGUACACUGACCGAAAGGUUUUACAAGAUCGAAACAGAGAAGAACCAAAAUCAGCACCAGAUAAUGGAAAAUUUAGUAAUGACUCUCUGAAAAUGAGUUCCAGAUGGGAUAUAGAUUACUCUGCUCUUUCGAAUGCUUAUUCAAAAAGGGUCACGUCUGAUCUGACUAAAAAUCCACAUUGUUCCUCGAACUCUACUCCCGUUCAUCGUGAUAAUCAUAGUACUCCAACGAAAUCAGGGAACUGGAUCACUACGGACUCCGAUUUUGUGGUGCUAGAGCUCUGAAGACAAGAUCCCGAAAGGACUUGCUGUAGUAGAGAUUUUAACCGCAUAGUUAAAAUUAUUUACAUUAUUUACGAAGUGUUAGCACGAGUUGAUAAACAUUAGUAUUUUUUAAUUAUCCUGUCAUAGCAUGUAGUAUCAAUAAAUUAAAUUGUGGUGGUUAUAUAUUCAUGUACAUGCAAAUACUCAAUGUAUAAUUUUAAUCCGUAUUUGACAGAGAU